AUGAACAGGCAGAAGCCAAGCGAGGGGAGAAAGAACGUCGGGGCGAUCCUGCACAGAUACUAUGGGCUAGAUGGGCGCAGUGGAAAUGGGGACCAGGCGCAGGGAGUAAGUGAAGUACUUCGAAGCAACGAGAUGUGCACGGAAGAACGCGUAGAUGCAAGCGAUUCAGAAGAGCUUAACCAGAAAAGCACCGAUUUUAACGUCAGCGAGUACUUUAAAAAGAUGCUACAAAAGGCAACCCUAACAGAUUUGAUACAAAAAUCAAAACACAUAGAAAAGGAAAUUAAACAAAAUGAUAAUUUCAUGCAGUCAGUAGUGUACGAGAAUUAUAAUAAAUUUAUUAAAGCAGCAGACACAAUUGUAAAUCUUAAGAAAAAUUUUUCAUAUGUUAAAAACAGAAUAGGAGAUAUAAAUGAGCACUUGAAUUGUAUAGAUAAUAAUUCUCAUUUGAUGAACCACAGAAUUGGAAAAAAUUAUAAAAAGAUUAAAAGUUUGCUUCUGAUUAAGGAAUUACUUCAUGGGGUUCAUAACAUUAUGAGUAUCCCGAGGAGGAUGUUUGAUUUCAUCAUCCUAGGGGAUUACACCAAGUCAUUGGAACUCUUUAUGGAGGCUGUUCCUUUUUUUUAUAAUAAUAGAAGCAUGCGCAUAUUUCGCGACUUGUAUGUAGACAGCGAAAAUAUGGCGAGCAUCGCUUGUUACUAUUAUGAGGAGCAACUCCGUAAGGGUUUCACUUCCAACCUAAGUGAGCACAAGCAGCAUGAGGAGCACCUCACCCACAUACAGACGAACACUGGGGAGGACUUUUUUAAUCACCUCUGUGAGCAAAUCACCUCAAACGAACAAAUCACUUCAUCCCUUUAUCUCAUUUUGGCAUAUGGUAAAGACAAAAAGGACGUGAGAAAUGUCUUUUUAUUGAAUAGACUUGCAGCGAUCAAGUACCUACUACGAGAAAUUACCAAUUGGGGGAGUUACAUCAAAGGGGAAAUUAUGAAAGGUGAAGAGGAUGAUGGUCAGUUCGCUUGGGUGCCUAAUGAGCCUGUGAAGGAGAAGGAGCACGCACGUCACGCCGGUGAAAGUGAUCCACACGAAGAAGGACAUAACAGGGUUUUCCAAGCCGUGUUAGAAUUGGCCUACACGAAAUGGCUACAUUUUUUCUUCACCAUGAUACGGAACUAUGAACAGCUAUUUUUGCGCGACUUUUAUUGUGCGGGUGGCGAGAAGGGAAUGCAGAGACAGGGAAGCGUGGAAGCUCUUGGCGGAAUACCACACUUGAGGGCCUUGAUGAGGAAGAUGGCAACGGUCACAGCUGACGUAAAGGGGAAACGUGGGGGGGCGCCGCCCACCAUCCCAUCCUCCGUGGGACAAGGCGCAGGUAAAGCAAAUUACCUCAACACAGGCGUCAAUCGUGGCAACGCACCAAAUGGAGGAAACCAUUCUCAGAUGAAGUGGCAGGAGGACCACCUGGAAGCCCUACUGGGCACGGAUGACGACCUGGAGGUGGUCGAAUUUCUGAUGAAGAUUGUCUUCAAGCUUUUGCAGCAGCUGACCAUUGACCUCAUAUACAUGUUCAACCCCCCCGUGAAACUUGUCGCGCGGUGUGUGCGGUUGCUGCAGGAGGAGGUGCAUGAAAUGGUUAGUAAAGGGACGAGCAACGAGGCCAGCAGCGGGGGUAACCUUGAUAAUACCCACCGUGGAAGCACUAACAUUAAUAACACGGGCAAUGUGUGCCUCCUCAUGGACGAGUUCCUCAAGAGAAUCAACUCCGAACUGCUAAAGUUCCACAUGUACCGCUUGCUUCUGCAGAAUGAUCGCAGCCUCAUGAACUUCUUCUCCCUGUGCAAGGAGAAGGAAGCUAGUUACAUUAUGGAAAACAAGCCCGAGCUCAGUCACCAUAUUCUGUUAAGUCUUUGUCUUGUCCUCAUCGACUUGGAGGCCUUCUACAAAGAGAUACCCUUAACAAGCACCGAUUUUUACUUCAAGAAUUUGAUUAAUUUUGUGACGAUUUAUUUUUUGUUCCUGGUGAGGUUUGUGGACUCCUUCAUCAGAUACUUCGUGUGUGUUUGGGAGGGGCGCAGGAGAGACGGGGGUGAUGGUGCUGCCUAUGGUGGCUGCUCCCGCUAUGAAGAGGAUGCUCCCAUCGACAAGGAGCAAAUUUUCCAAUGCAGAAAUAUAUACCCUCCACAGGUAUAUCACAGCGACGUGGAGAAUACAUAUGAGGAGGAGGAAGGGAAAAAAAAAAAAACAAAAAAAAAAAACACUUGCAAAUGCACAGCCAAGUGGAUAUAUCACAGCGUCACAUUUGACGGAGGCCAAUUUCAAAACACCUUGAUGGAGAGGAAAAAGACGAUGAAGAUGGACUUUAACAAGUUUAUACAAAGCAUAAUAAAGAAACACAAAUUCGAGGCAGAGAAAAAAAGCGAAAUAAAUUUUCUGUUUACCCUUGUGGGAAUUUUGGACCACAUGAGAAAAGAAGGAGUGUUCAAAGUGUACACAGUUAUAUUGGAUAUGUAUAAAGGAGCACAUACGUUAGUGAAUGAGCGCAAGAGGAUUAGCCUUCGCUGCACUUUUGAGGAUCUCAUAUAUAAAGAUUCGUAUCCUUUUUGCAAAAUGGAGGUAGGGGAGGAGGGACAGAAGAGGAAGGAAGAUCCAGCUGAUACAUACACCGAUGAAGAAACUCACUCGAGCGGGAUGUCGUCCAUCAGGAAGAGGUAUUUGAAUCGAGCUGGAAACGACGGUUACUACACGUUCGAGGGGGGGGAAGUGCUGGAUGGGCAGGAAGAUAACGCGAGGGGGUUAGAACACUUGCCCACACAGGAUGAUGCAGAAACGGAUAAAGAAGGAAAGCUUCACUCGGUGUUUAUUUGCGGGCAGGACGAAAAACGAGACAAAAUGAAGAGUCGUGAUGUUGUGUCUGGGCACUCUGGUGAGGAUCUUCUUCUUAAAAGGAGCGCGAGCUUGAUUACUGUCCAGGGGGGCGAAGCAGGUGAGGCUGGGCACGCCGCCAUUACGGCCCAUAAAGGUGCAGAAGUCGAACAGGGAAAGGAAGCCAAGUUAGUGGCCCAAGGGGACCCCCAACGAGGAGAACUUCGUAAAGAAGACACCCUCCUUUCAGGGGAAAACGCCUCGCAAGGAACCAGGUCGGAUGAAAUUCGCUCCGAUGACGACUAUGAAGAUGACCAGGAUAAUACGAACAAGUGCGUCGUUGGAAUUCGCAGCUUUGCAAAAUUUAAAUUCCUCGAAAAAAGAAACGAAUUAAUGAGCGCCUUCGUUUCGUACUACUUAAAUAAAAUGUCCAGGAGUGUAAAGGAAUUCAUCCAAAGGGAGAACUGGACUGCAGGGAAGAAGACCGACCUAGUGAGCACAAAUUUGAUAUACCUCUUGAACAACAUUAUCGCGGUUUAUUCCCACUUGGCGUCCUUCUUGGAGAGCAAGGCGAGUGGAACUGCCGGUACUGCCGCUACUGCCGGUACUGCCGCUACUGCUUCUGCUGCUACUCAGGCGGACCAGUUUAACGAUGUCAAGGGUAAAAUAGGGGAGGCACUGGAGCGGGUGUGCAAGGAGUACGCAAAGGGGAGGAGGGGAAGGAACUCUUCCGAGUUGCAAGCAGGUGGGGACAGUCAUGAAGGAGGCGGAAGUUACCCUGGGGGGAACCACAGUGACCUAGGCAACACGGAGCAGAAGGAAGCCCACGAUGAGAAAAACCUGGAAAUGUACAUGUACAAAUUGUAUAUGUGCAAAAUGAAGAACUACAAAAGAAAUUUGCACUUGGAAAAUAAAAAAAUUAUUCUCGUGAUAAUCAAAAUUUUGUUUAAGAAUUACAGUGAAUAUGUGCGCGACUUACAUUUUAAUGAAUACGGUUUUGCAAAAUUAAGAGUGAAUUUUUUUUUCUUCUUUCACUGUCUAAAGGUGUUUGUUCCCAUGGAUGAUGAGCAUGUGUUGUUCGUAAUUCUAAAUGAAGUAUUAAUCAGUGCAUAUGAGCGCUCGACGAAGUUCACCCUCUCCAGUGCAGGGGUGAAUGCCCUAUAUCAGGCCUACUUACUAAACGAAAUUGACUGUGAUAUGGGGGCCAAUAGGGAUUUUAUAAUGAACAGCUUGAGGAGGGUAUAG